AUGCCGCUCAAUCUCUCGCGCGGGAGCUCGCUCAUCGCUCAGCUCUUCCUUCUCGUCUUCUCUUGCUUGUUCUGGGAGAUCAGACCAGAGAUCGGCAAUGCGCCUGCUUCAGCAUGCCUGGGAACGACCGUGGCUGCAAGGAACUCUCCCCGAUGCAGUUUUGCCGGUGUGAUCGAGUGGGGAGAGGACCGGCUGCAGCCUCCCAAGCUCUGCGUCUCCGUGUUGAACAGCUCAGGAUCAAGCAUCGGGAAUGAGGAGACUCCUGCAGAGGCGACGGAUAACGCGGAGCAUGCACGCUUGGGGGUGGACAGAGAGCAGUCCAAAGAAGAAGCUGUCGAGCAGGGAAACCAGGAGGGAAGCGACUUGCUAGGGCUAUCUCCCUCCCUCCUCUCCCUGUCUCCGACUGCUGUCGAGCGAACGGAGUCUCCUGCUCUCCCCAGCAGCUCGGUGGACUGUUCCUUCUUUCCCUCGGCUCCUGAGGGCCCUGGUUUUGUUGCACGAGAGCAGCGAGGGGGAGGGGAAGGAGUCGCACCAGAGCUGGGUGACACUGAAGGGGUCGUCGUGCUGCUCGUCCUGCCGGUGGAAGGAUGGGAGAGCCUCUUCUGUGCGUCCUGUUUACGUGGGGAUAUAAACCUCGAGCGAAAGUGUGUGGUACUCUGCAAUAGGUGCGAGUUCCUGCAAGGAUGCUCGAGGAAGCCGAUCUUUGGGGACUCCGGAGCCCCUCCCUCGCACUGUGCGCUGCACAAGGGAGAGGAGCAGGUGUACUCGACUGUUCUGCCUCCUCCUGGAUCUCACUUCAAGCCGACUUGCCAACAUAUCAUGAGGUGCGAUCGCGUUCCCUCUUACGGUGAGGCGGAGGAACUCAAGGCGAGAUUCUGCAAGGGCCACAAGCAGGCUCAUCACGUCGACCUACGAGCGAGCAAGAAAGUAACGGCGAGCUCCUCGGAGAGCUCUGAGGAUGCAGAUCUUGCUAGGACGAAGUCACCGAACCUGUCAGAUGCAAUCUCAAGCAUCUCAGGAAGCGAUGAGCUAUUCCUGCAGCCAGGGAUCACAAAGCCAAAGCAGCGGAGAACACGAGGGAAGCAAAAGGCCACCGUCGAAAUCAUUCGCCCAGAAUUCAUUAGCAUGCGUGACAAGCGUGCGGCCAAGUCUCUCACGGCAGAGGAUGAGAGGUGA